UUGCAACCCACGUCAAUAGCCUUCUGGCCAUCCUAUAUAGCCCUCCCGCCUCCCGCCUCCCCACCCAACUAUUCCCUUUGCAUUUACAUACUACCGACCCCAACCAUUGAACCUCCCAAUCCCCACGGCUACCGCAAUGGCAUCCCGCUUCGUCGAGAACCUCCAAGAGGUCCCCAUCAGCCACCCCCAUCUCAAUGUCUCCUUGGACGACAUCCUUGCAGAGGAGCGCCGCAAACGCUCCUCUUCCCAAUCCUCAGCCAGUUCAGAGACGCGCCGCUCCGGAAGCACUUCUGCCGCCAUGAGCCCGACUUCGCCAACUUCUACUGAAAGCAAAAUCAAGCGGGCAUUUACCAUUGCCGGCAAAAAGAGUCAAUCGCACCUGACACCAAGCCUACCCUUCACGUCGCCCUCUUCAUCGCCAACGCAACCCUCACUCCACCAGAUCCCGCCUCCGACGCUGACCAAGCUCCGCAAUCUCAGUGCCGCCCGCAUAAAAGACAUGCGUGUGCUAGGCCACACGCGCCAAAUCAUCAGCCACGUGCCCGUGGCAGUGCCCGCGCCAACCUGCGCAAAGCACAACGAUGCCAUGCAAGCGGCAGUGGUCAUGAACGCGGAGAAAUUCGCCGUGCUGGCGGCGCUGCCCGCGGACGGCCGAGAAGCAGCGAGGGAGCUGCUGCGGUGCGUGACGAGGUAUGGGUUUGUGGGUGGCGUGAUUGCGCUGGCGAGGAGUCCGGUGUGCGGGUGGGAGGGGGAGGAGUGGGAUGAGGUUUGGAGUCAGGCGGAGAAGUUACGGGUGCCGAUUAUGGUGAGGAAGAUGUGGCCGUUGGUGUCGGAGAUUCCAGAGUACCAGCAUGGUCUUGCUUCGAGUCUUGUUGCGCCGCUGGUUACUCAUCUGCAUACCGCGCAUGCUGCGUCGCCUCUUCCGCUGGUCCAGCUGUAUCUCAGCGGAGUCUUUGACCGGCAUCCGAAUCUUCGGCUUAUCUUUGCGCAUCCGGGUUCCUUGCCUUCACUGGUUCCUCGCAUACAACAUCUCCUGACCAGUAUCCCUGCGAGUGAAAGACCCAGGCGUGGGUUCCUCGAGGUGUGGCAGCACAAUAUUUACCUGACGACGGCCGAUGCACAAGACUUGUCGAGUUUGAGAGCGCUGCUCGAGCAGAUACCUGUGGACCGCGUGCUGUACGCAACUAACUACCCGUUUGAGGAGAGGGGAAAGGAGUUGAUAGAAGAACUUAAAGCAAGUGGAUUCUUGACAAAGACAGAGUAUGAGAGGGUUGCUUGGGUCAACGCCGAGACACUGUUCAAUUUGAAAGGGGUUGGGAAGAGCGGAAGAUGAGAC